UCCUUUGCGCACCAAGCAGGAAGAACGUUCUCUCGCAGGGGCUCACACUGAUCCAAGUUAGGAGCUUUCAGCUGCCAGCCUUGGCCCAUCAUGUAAGUGCUGCGGAGAAUUCUUUGCAGUGCAAUUGCAAAAUUACCUCUUUUCCCGACGCCUGUGGGGGCUGUGCACUUGUAACAGCGCUCUUUGCACGGACACGCACGCUUCGGACGCAAAAAGGCUCCAAGUGCAUGAAGAUCGAGGCUUGUAUUUUGCAUCUUUGUUGCAAAGCAAGCCGCUGAAGCUCCAGUGCGAGGGCGAUGGAGGGAGGGAGUGAGAAAGAAGGCAAAGUCUUUUGUGCUUCCCCUCCCCCUCAUCAAAGCAAAGGGGAAAUGUCUCAGCCAAAGGGAGGUAAGAGGAAGCCGGUGCUCAAGCUCUCCAAGGAGGUGUUUGAGCAGCCUACUCCCACCCCAGUACCCCCCAGAGAUUUGGAUUCGAAAGCUUGUGUAACCAUCGGAGAGAAGAAUUUUGAGGUGAAGGCAGAUGACCUGGAGCAGAUCUGCGAGCUCGGCCGAGGAGCGUACGGCGUGGUGGACAAGAUGAGGCACGUCCCCAGUGGCCUGAUCAUGGCCGUCAAGCGGAUUCGGGCCACAGUGAACACUCAGGAGCAGAAGCGGCUGCUCAUGGACCUGGACAUCUCCAUGAGGACAGUGGACUGUUUCUACACAGUCACCUUCUAUGGAGCACUGUUCAGAGAGGGCGACGUCUGGAUCUGCAUGGAGCUGAUGGACACCUCUCUCGACAAGUUCUACAAGCAGGUGAUCGAGAAGGGCAUGACCAUCCCUGAGGACAUCCUGGGAAAGAUCGCCGUCUCAAUAGUAAAAGCUCUGGAGCAUCUGCACAGCAAUCUGCAAGUCAUACACAGAGAUGUGAAACCCUCCAAUGUGCUGAUCAACACUCAGGGCCAGGUGAAGAUGUGCGACUUUGGCAUCAGCGGCUACCUGGUCGACUCCGUGGCUAAAACCAUGGACGCGGGCUGCAAACCUUACAUGGCGCCGGAGAGGAUCAACCCCGAGACGAACCAGAAAGGCUACAACGUCAAAUCUGACAUCUGGAGUUUAGGAAUCACAAUGAUCGAGCUCGCCAUCCUGCGCUUCCCGUACGACUCGUGGGGCACGCCUUUCCAGCAGCUGAAACAGGUGGUGGAAGAACCUUCGCCCCAGCUUCCUGCCGACCAGUUCUCCCCAGAGUUUGUGGACUUCACCUCUCAGUGCUUAAAGAAAGUUUCCAAAGAGCGGCCGACUUACACAGAACUCAUGCAACAUCCCUUCUUCACCUCCCAUGAGGCCAAAGAAACCGACGUGGCUAGCUUUGUGAAAGUCAUCCUGGGGGACUGAGUGGCCACACUUGCACAGGAGUGGAGGGAAGAUCUGUUAAAAAAAAAUACAACAAACAAACAAAAAGCACCAAUCGCAGCCCCUGUUACCUGCAGGAUUCCCCUCCCUCCACCUCACCAUGCGCUCACCCCACCCUCCGCAGACAGACGGACAGAACCAAGAGGAGAAGCUGGCGCAGCAGAAUGAGGAGUUUGUCCCUGCCUCCACCUGGCCUCCAUGUCCUCUGUACAUUACCUGACAUGGGAGGGGUGGAGGUGACGGGUGUCUCACACAUAAUCUGGAAUAAUUUAAGACGUCUGUAUGCAAAAACUCCCUCUUUGGUUAGAUUUGUCCCACUUCUGUGCACCGCCUAUUACUCAAACGGUGUUAUUAGUCAGCGAGUUGACUGUGUGGCUUAUCGUAACAGUCAAACAAACUAAAGUUUGUUUUUUUUGUUUUUUUUUUCAGAUAAACAGAAGUGAAAAGAGGUGCAGAUUAUAUAAAAAGAUGAAUGAUAUAAUGCUAUCUAUGUAUAAUCUAAAUGUUUGUAUACUCAAAGCAAGUGUUGCAUCGGUUUAUUAAUUGACUGCAUGUACAGAAUAUAUCUCUGAGUAAAAACGGGCUCAGAUGGCCAGUGAGGAACAGUUGUAGAGUCCGAUGGUUGAAGACCUGCAGAUGUACAGCCUCACUUCAAGGCCCUCCUAGUGGUCACAAAUAGGUACUGCACUUCAACUGCUUUCCCUUGAUUUCAGUGGAGGUCUACUACACGUUUUGGGCUCUGGCUGCCUGUGAGUGUGUGUAAGUGUGGUUGUGUGUGUGUGACCUGGUGCAUGAAAUGUGUGUUCGUAGAGCUGCACGACUCUGGAUAAAAUGAAAUAAUUUUGUGUGAGGUUUUUUGUGUAACGAUGAAAUUUUUCCUCUGCGGUCUCGUGAGACUUCCCAGUCUCGUGCCUGUGAGAGCUCGUCGGCUGACGGGAUCUAACUUGCUCUUGUGGUUGUGGAUCUUUUGGGGUUGAUUUUGUGACCUUCAUGGUGUCUUUGAUGUCAUUGGGUUUGAUACUUAAUCUCCUUAAUUCUGGCAAAUCUU